AUGAUCUCUAUUGCGAUGGCAACGAACCGAAGUGCUCAGAGGCCAAACGGGGCGCCUCAGACUAAGGUGUGCCAGUUCAAGCUGGUUCUGUUGGGCGAGUCGGCCGUGGGCAAGUCUUCAUUGGUGCUACGCUUCGUGAAGGGUCAGUUCCAUGAGUAUCAGGAGAGCACUAUCGGAGCAGCAUUCCUUACACAGACACUCUGCCUCGACGACACCACUGUCAAGUUUGAAAUCUGGGACACGGCAGGACAGGAGAGAUAUCACAGCCUGGCUCCUAUGUACUACCGGGGAGCGCAGGCCGCCAUUGUAGUCUACGACAUUACUAAUCAGGACACAUUCGGUCGCGCCAAGAACUGGGUGAAGGAGCUCCAGCGGCAGGCGUCCCCGUCCAUCGUGAUCGCUCUGGCCGGGAACAAGAGCGACCUGGCCGCCAAGAGGAUGGUGGAGUUCGAGGAGGCGCAGGCCUACGCCGACGAGAACGGGCUGCUGUUCAUGGAGACCAGCGCCAAGACCGCCAUGAACGUUAACGACAUAUUCCUAGCCAUCGCCAACAAGUUACCAAAGAGCGAGGUGUCGACCGGCGGCGCGGGGACCAGGGUGCUCAACGACGCGGACGCGCCGCGGGCCUCCUCCUGCUGCAAGUGA